GGACUAUCGCAAACGAUUUCACAUUUUAUGCAUCUUUACGUGCAUCGGUUAUAGUGGAAAAUGAUCAAACAACUAAUAAUAAUAAAGUUUUACAGGAUGUUGAUCUUACUUCCGAAAAUAUUAAUGUCAUUAAAGAUGCACCUACUGUAGACAGUAGCGAUUGUGCUAUGAUUUGGUAA